AUGGCCGACUUCUUCAACAUAAAAGCUCGGCAAGCCAAUGCGGCCAAAGCAAGUUCCUCAAAAGCGCCUACAACAAAACAAGAGUCCAACCGCAUGCAACCAUGGGUCGAGAAAUACCGCCCCAAAACUCUCUCAGAAGUAACCGCCCAAGACAACACCAUCCAAAUCCUCUCCCGCACAAUGCAAUCCUCUAAUCUCCCGCACAUGCUCUUCUAUGGGCCCCCGGGAACUGGAAAAACGUCUACAAUCCUCGCUCUCGCCAAAGAACUCUACGGCCCUGAACUGAUGAAAUCCCGCGUCUUGGAACUAAACGCUUCAGACGAGCGUGGAAUCAGUAUCGUACGGCAGAAGGUCAAAGACUUUGCAAGACAGCAGCUUAGUGUUGCGCCAAACUACAACAUCAUGGUUGAGGAUCAGAGCGGAGAAGGGGAGGGCAAGACAGUGCGGUAUAGGGAUAAAUACCCAUGCCCGCCAUUCAAGAUCAUUGUGCUGGAUGAAGCGGAUAGUAUGACGCAAGAUGCUCAAUCCGCAUUGCGCAGGACCAUGGAAACGUAUUCCCGCAUGACGAGAUUCUGUCUCGUGUGUAAUUACGUCACCCGCAUCAUCGAUCCUCUUGCAUCACGUUGUUCGAAAUUCCGCUUCAAGAGCUUGGAUCAGGGGAAUGCGGUGAAGCGGGUUGGCGAUAUUGCGCGGCUGGAGAAGGUGGAGUUGGAAGACGGCGUUGCGGAGGAGCUUGUGAGAGUCGCGGAUGGGGAUCUCAGGAAGGCGAUUACCUUUUUGCAGUCUGCAGCUAGGCUUGUAGGGGCUGUUGUGUCGGCUCAGGGUGCGGCGGGGGGCAAGAAGAAGAAGAAGGUUGUUGCUGACGAGGAUGAGAUGGAUAUCGAUUCUGCUGCUGGUGCUGCUGCCGCACCUUCAGCAACACCAGCGGUGUCCCUCCCUAUCAUCGCUGAGAUCGCGGGUGUGCUCCCUCCAGCCACACUCUCUUCCUUCAGCGAUUCGCUUUUCCCCAAGUCAUCUGCGAACAAGUCGAUACGCUAUGCAGAGAUUGCGAAGGUGGUUGAGAAUAUGGUAGCCGAGGGGUGGAGUGCGAGCCAAACUGUGGGCCAGUUGUACGAGCAGAUCAUGUUUGAUGAGCGGGUGGAGGACGUGAAGAAGGUCAGGUUGGCGGGGGUGUUUAGUGAGACGGAUAAGAGGCUUGUGGAUGGAGGUGAUGAGCAUCUUGCUGUGCUGGAUCUGGGUGUUAGGGUUGCGGGUGUGCUUUGUCUCUAA